UUGUGGAUGUGGGCGUGUCCAGGGAGAGGCUGGUUGAGGUGAAGGUGAAACAGGUGGACCUGUCACAUCCAGGCUGUUUGGACUCUACAGCUGCAGCAACCAACACAUUUGUACUUACUGAGCGCAGCCGCCGGACCAGUGAUAAAUAAUGGCCAGUGAGAAAUCUCCCUACAACGUAUCAGGUGGGGGUAACGCAGGCGACAAUGUGGCAGUGUACAGUGUCCAUACUCCAUUUACGUCAUAUGAAUCCAAUCAAGCCACAGGAGGCCCCCAAGUGUUCACCAAUGGAGGCGGUCAGACAGACACGGGUAAACACAAGUAUGUGAGUUACGAUUCCAGUCUGGGAGAUUCUCCUGGAAUGACAACGUGCACAGCCUGUCAGCAGCAGGUGAUGACCAACGUAACCCACAAAGCUGGGACCUACGCGUGGCUCAUGUGCCUACUCUUCAUCUGCUGCGGACUUAUCCUGUGCUGCUGCCUGAUCCCACUGUUGAUGAAAAAAUUCAAGGAUGCGUACCACUAUUGCCCACGCUGCAACAAGCUCCUCUACGUCAACAAGAAAAAGUGCUGUAAAUGAUGGACAUGAUGGCACAAAUGCACCCACAGAAAUAAGAUCCUGUUAGAGUUGUGUGUGUUUGAGUUGUUGAGUACAAAACAAGCCGCAACCCAGUCUUACAAUUUUGACCAAAAAAAAAAAAUGAUCACAUUUAGGGGGUGGUUCAUAUUAUUCUAUGGAUGAGGUAUUAAAUUCAAAUUGGUGAAAUUAAUUACAAAUUACUUCUUUUUGACAUUACAUUACUGAAGUGGGAGUGUUCAUAAGCUGUGGCAGGUUAUAUCAAACACACUCGGUGCACUUUUAAGGAUCCGUUGUCAGACGUAUUUUUGUCCUACUGCAGCAGAAAAGCUUCCUCUAUUACCCUAUUUCAUACAUUUUUCAAAAUAAGAUCGGUAAAGUGAAGGCUUGUACACUUGUAGACUUCUUUGACUACAAUCUGUGCAACAGGGGUUUGCUCUCCUGAAAUUUAACUUUAGGAACAAUUUGCUACAAUAUUUUGUAUACAUAAGAGUAAUAUAUAACAAUACAUCAUCAGCAAACUAUAGUACAAGCACAUUUAAAAGCCUUUUCAUACCAAAGGAACUAUUUUAGAAACUUUACAGGAACACAGCUGAUUUUCAGCAAGGAAUCAGGUACUAUUUAAAUUUAGCUCCACUGCUAAUUUGUAAGUCUCGACAGCUAUGGUGGUACAAGAAAUAGCAAUAGAGCUCUGAAGACUGAACAACUGCCGACUGCACGGAUACAAGCUCCUCCUCAUCCAAGUGAUCACCUGAAACGAGCUGCAAAACAAAAAUCAAGGAAACAGAGUUUAAUUCUGCCAAGGCCUGACAGUCUGAUUGUUUGCCAGCAGGAUAUGAACAGACCUUUGUGAUGUCAUAAGGCUAGCUAUUACAAUGUUAAACAGGCAAAUGGAAAAAUUGUUUUGAGAUAUCUUGUACGCUAACGAACAAAUGGGGUGAUCACAUGACCUCUGUCUCUUGAUUGGUAUCAUGUGUGGCUUUAGAAUGGCACAAUUCAUAAACAUGAAUGUAAGCCCUAUAGAAGAGUCGAGUCAACACAAAAUUUAUGUUGACUCAGCUCAACUGAAAAAUUUAUGUCAAUUUUUUUUUCAGUUAAAAAUCACAAAAUGAAACAUCAGCAAAACAUACAGUAUUUCUCAGAACUGCAGAUCGGACUCAGUCUAAACUCAUAUGCGAAUGACCAGAGCAUUCACUGCACAAGCCAACGUUCCUGUACAGUAUAGUUCCUACUUUAGCUCCUAAGUGUUGGUGUGAAAGGGACUUAAAACUGUAUCCAUAUGUUUUGCAUUCAAGCAAAUUAGAACUAGAUUAUGAGUGCCUCUUUCAAGAAAAAAAUAUUUAUUUAUAUGUUGCUUGCUAUGAAUAUACUCAUCUAAUGCUUUUGUCAUGGGCAGUUUAUGGGAUUAGAUUUGUGUCAAAAUUAAAUAAUAUUUCUCUGGCAUCAUGCAAAAUUCAAUGGGCAUUUGUUCAAAGCUUAAAACAUCCUGCAUCAUGAUACAACAAACAAAAAUAAGUAAUUGCACCUUCUUCAUGAGCAACCAUAAAAUUUAGCAGCUUUCUGAGCCAGGCUCAUAUUUUUUUUUUUUUUUUUUUUUUUUUGCAGAGAUUUGAGAUGUUGGAUUGAUCAGUUCUUGAGUUGUACAAUAAAACUAUUUUAUUAUUAUUAUUAUUGGUUCAUAUCAAAGCUGGAAAUUACAUGAAGUUCUUUUGACACUAUUCUAACCCCAUACAAUCUGGGUAGGGGGUUUGACCGUAUGUAUUUCUGUGAUUUCUGUGUGUAUUUAAUCCUUUCAAUCUUUCUCAAACCAAAGAUAUGUGGGAAUAAUUAAUACAUUCUUAUAUAAUUGUGGUAUGUUCAUGAAACAACUACAUUUAGCUCAGAUUUAGAAAAGAAACACACCAAUUUAUUUUGUGUGAUUUAAAUAUAGAAUUCUUCCAUUGUCAUUACAUUUUUUUAAGUAAUCUUUCACAUUGAUGUUGCUAUGGGACCUUUAGCUGACAUCAGUAUGCUACAUCACCAACAUUCUGAUUUUAGUAACAAAGUUUCAAUUUAUAUUAAUGGAAUUUGCUGCAAUCAACCAAUCAAAAAUCUAAAUACAUGCUCAAACCAACAGGCGUACCCCCCCCCCCCCCAAAAAAAAACAGUUAGCUAUUUUUGUCUCCCACCAUUUUAUUAUUUUAAAAGCCUGUUCUACCAGAGUAGACUUAUUAACAAAAGCAUAUAGUUUGCAAUGAGUAAUUAUACAUAUGAGUACAAAUACUUGAACUUUAAAGGUAGCAACCAAGCUAAAUAUAGCUACCGCUAGCUAGCCAAGUCAGCCAGCUUAGCUAUCUAGUAUAUAGCUUAACACUAAUUUAAAGCUUAGAAUUUUUUUAAGAUAAUGUGUUUAUCAGCUACUGUUUUACUGCUACCCAGAUAUUGAUCAUACUUAAUUUAACCUUGGAGAUUUGACUGGAUACUAUUAGGUUAUGGGGACCAACAACACUGUUCUUGAUGAUUGCGUGCUAAAGACCUCACAAUAUCUUUUUUAAAGUACGUUUAAAAGUAUGCGCUUGGCAAUCAUCAUUCUUUUCAAAUCUGUGCUUUUCAGAGAAUCAUUUUAGCUUAAUGUUGCAGUUUAAUUACAUCACAUAAUUAAAGUUGAUACGGGGGAUGAGUUUGCUUGUACACAUUAACAAAAAUUAAAAAUAAUAAAGUAAGAUUUGUAGAAAAAUGAUCUGUGCAACUUUUGCUUUCAGUGUAAAUGCAUACUAUAAUAUUCUUAUAUGAUCAGAGAAAUACCUUUAUCUGAUUUUUUAAAUGUAUUCUGUUUUAUAGUAGUACAUUGUGCAGUGUAAUGCAGUUUAAGAAAUGUGUUGAUAUUGCUACACAGAAAACAAAUGCAGUUUCCUCUAUAUCUUUAUUUUAUUUACGAUAUUUGGCUUAACGAUUAUUACUUUAAUAAAUGUAUACUACAUGUGGUAUUCUA